AUACAGCUAAAUGUCCAUUAAAAAGUAUUAUUUUCUCUAGCAUCAUAUAAGAGCAGUAACCAUUUUGUAGGAAUGUUAGUAGAAGCACUGAAUCAAAACAAACCUUAUCUCUUGAUAAGGCGGGAACUGCACACACAAAAAUACCAUGCAUACAAUCGUCGACUGUGUUGUUUCACGCACACUGAACAUAAUUCAUUUUCGCUUCUGAAGCUUAAAAAUUUCAAUAUAAAAUAAUAUUCACAAUUCCUCAGGCGACAUAAUGGAUUCAUUUUACCUGGGAUAGAAACACAGCCCACCAUUUGGGAGAAUUUGGCCAGUACGAUUAAAUGAGUCCCAUCGACUGGUGGGUCUUAUCAGUGUCCACAGACAAGCAGGCAGGCGGGCAGGCGAACGUGGAGUGCCGUUAUCGAUGUGUGUACCUUUUUGGGAUGUAUCAAACCUUCACCCAGUUACGGCACCUCGUCAUGUUGCGGGCAGUCUCAGUCACCGUAAAGCGAUGGACGGCGGUGACUGUGAUCAGACGACAUGAUGAAAAGGAGUAUUUGCAGGUUACCACUGUUUUGGAAAAUCUAUCUUCCAACGCUGGCUACGCUGAUCGUGUACAAUGAAUAUCUCAUCCACAUUUAUCACAGCUUUCAGUGGGCUGAGCUGCAAUGUGAAACAGAUAGCUGCAUUAAGAUGCUCCUGGUUGCUGAUCCACAGAUCCUGGGCAACACAUUCGACACGAAGCUCUACUGGCCGUUAGCAAAUUUCGACUCGGAUCGUCAUUUAAAACGAACGUACAAAAGCGUGGUGCAACAUGCAGCACCGGAUGUUAUCUGCUUUCUGGGUGAUCUCAUGGACGAAGGAAGCGUUGCUAACGAUGAUCAAUUUGCCGCUUACUUUACCCGUUUUGUCAACAUCUUCUCCCAACCGACUGCAAACACCAUCAUGUUUUACAUUCCAGGUGAUAACGAUAUUGGAGGCGAAGGAUUAGAAACAAUUAAAUCCGACCGAGUGCUCAGGUUUAAGCAAUACUUUAACGAGCAGGACGAAUUAACGAUCGAUCCAAUGUUGCGCAUCCUGAACGUAAAUCGCAUCAGCAUGACACUUCCGAUGAACAGUGCACCGAGCACCGAGGAACCGCAACCCUACACCGUGCUUUUGAGCCACAUGCCAAUACUAAGGUGGUCGGAUCCUUUUACUUAUAAGGUUAUUGACGAUUUUCAGCCAAAUGUGAUUUUCUCCGCCCAUGAACACAAAUCCCGCCACGUUAAGACGCACCGUAAUCAGCUGGCCCAGGGUGCCCCUUUCGAACCACUCAACACAGAACGAUCCAACCGGCACGAGGUAGUGGAGUUUGACUUAAACUAUCUCAAAGAUACGCGAGAGCUGUUGGAGUUUAUCGUGCCCACCUGUGCGUACAGAAUGGGCGAAAUGAAGAUAGGGUACGGGUACGCCAUGUUCGAUGGUGAUAAGCUCCGGUAUACCGUGCUGUGGACAUCGCAGCGGUUCUAUCAGCUUGCGGUGUACUCCAUGAUGCUUAUACCGCUCAAACUGGUCUGUGGACAGCUCUGGUGUGGCGUGCUAAAACGUUACUGGUGCUGCUGCCGCAAACGAAAUCGCAACUACUUACCGCUUCCGCUGGCAUGAAACGGCGUGCGGAGGAUCGCAAGGUAAAAAAAACAAUCCUAGUAUUAUUGCGGGAAAGUUCGACAUGAAUUCAGUAUUUAUUUCAACAUUUAACUGUUCCAUGAAAUGGUGUUGAAUGUGAUUUAAAAUGGAUGUUAUAGUAAGAAAAUAAGGGGAAUGAAAGGAAAACACCUACAACGUUUCCACAAUGUUACAAUCCUUAAUUAGUUAGUUGAUGGAAUUUAAUUUCCACUCAGUAUACACAUGAAUGAGUUAAAUCAUUUCGCCUCAGCCUUGGGCGCCCCUUGUAGUUUUGCAUUCAGCUCAUCGAUAGUGCGUUUGAUGUCCUCGUUAAUAUCUCGACGCUUUGUCAAUACUUCGAUCGCUUCCUUGUACUUUUUCACUCCAGUCCAUCUAAAGAAUCAUAUCGGCAUUAGAUAUCGAAUGCAGUGCGAUCGACGCCUUACACAUUAACAGUACUUACACUAAUGCUGCCGCUUCGUAAUUUCCAAUGACGUCCAAAUGAUGUGCCCAUUUGCUAGCCACCUGCUCCAGAAUAGGAUCAUCGGGCAUUUUCUGCAACCUGCAGAUCACCCAUGCUUCGCGGAAAUACUUGGCAUCGCAAAGCUCUUCGAUGGAUGAAUCAACCUGUUAAGAAAAAGGGACAGUGUAUGCAGUUCAACAACAUUUACAUAGCUUGUCAACAAUUACUAACACUUACCUUAUGGCUGGCUAGAAAAUAGGGUACAGCUGCUAAAGGUUGCUGACCUUCAAUCAACUGAUAGGCAUAAGCUUGACAGCAUUGACGCCAAAACCUGGGUAAUUUAGGUGGAAGAGUCGAGUGUCAGUGUACCUGUUAGUUUCUAGUAGUAAAGCGACGAGAUACUCACAUGUGCGAAACGUAGGGCGCUAAUGCCAA